GUCAAUCCCCCUUAGUAUCUGUCACUGUGGGGCAUUGUUAUUUAUAUUAUUUCCGUCGUAUCUCAAUUGCAAAUUACUUAUUUAGCAUUAUCUUAUUCUAGUUUUUUGUUAAUAUGAUACAAGUGAUCGUGCUCGGUGCAUGGGCGUUGCAUUUCUCGUAGUGUAUUCCGUAUCCAAUCGGUUCUUGAGCUAAUACUGCAAAUACAGAUCAUUGAGGAUGACAUUGAUUGAAGGCGUGGGGGAUGAAGUUGUCCAAUUCGUGGCCGCGCUGGCGGUGGUGGCCGUCGGCAUGCUGGCCUGGUGGUCUACCAACGCCCGGCCGGACCGCUACCGGACCGUGCUGGUCAUGCGGUCGCGCGCACACCCCGUUACAGUCAGCAUACGGCCCAGUCCCAGGCCUGCAACAAUCGUCACAAGUACAGUUGCCACGGUUUCUACGCCAGCAUCUACCUCUGCAUCAAAUGGAACUACAGAGGAGGCGCCCCGGGACAACUCCAGGGUGAUCCCCCUGCAGGAGAUGGACAGCAUCGUGGACGCCGACAUGGCCAUGAUGGACAACAAUCGCCUGCACUUCUACAGGAGGAUUGACUCGCCCCACACGCCGCUGCUAACACCAGACUUAUCGGGCGACGAGGUGGAGGAGGAGCGGACGCGCGCCGGCGCCGCGCAGAUGCAGGAGAUGGACAGCAUCGUGAGCGCCAUGGAGGCCGACGUCACUGCCCGGGACUUGUUCACGCCAGAAGCAAACUCAUCCAGGGCGGGAGCUAAAGGUGACACAAAGGACAAUAAAGAUGAUGCUGAGCCUGCCGGCGCUGAGGCCGCCGCCGCCGACGCCGAUACCACGGCCGCCGAUACCGACGCCGCCGCGAGGAAGAUUCUCAUCAAGCUUAAAUAUCUUAACGAUACGCUCAAGGAAGUGGAGGGGAGUCUGGACGAGUUACUGAAGGACUUUAAAUGGCGGCACUUCUCCGUGGAACUGUCAGCCGAGUCCCGCGUGCGACUGAUCUUCAACGGGCGGGUCCUCCUCGACGACGGACUAACAUUACGAGCGUGCGGUCUCCACGACCGCGCCGUCGUGCACUGCCUCGUGCACCCCAAGCGCGCCGUGCCCGCCCAGACUCUGAAUCCAGAGGAAACGGGCACGCCCGAGUUGGUGACCGAGGGCACGCCGCCCGAGCGUGCCUGGGACCUGGAGAACAUCCUCAUGACGCUCGUCUCCGUGGCCCUGACCGUGGUCUGGUUCUUCAGGUGCGAAUAUUCGAACAUGUUCACGGCGAGCGCGAGCGUGGCGCUGUUCGGGCUGACGGUGUUCUACAGCGUGGCCAUCUUCGGCCUGUACCUGUCCGACACCUUCCACUUCGAGCGGCGGCCGCAGCCCGUGCCCAAUAACUAGAAACCUUAUUAUCUAAACUGUUCGGUCGUUUUCAGGCUGCGAUACUAAACCGAUAUAAGCGACGACGCUCAACUCUGAUGGCUUAUUUCAGGGGUCGGCAAACUUUUGAAAAGAGCCAACCGCAGGAAAAAAUCGCCAAAUUUAGGAAUCUCAUACAGCCGCAUAUGUUGUUUACGGUGGUCUAAGUACUCUAAAUGUGAUUUUUUUGGUCGCUCGGAAUCGUACCUCCAAAGUGCCGCGGUUUGCCGAUCCCUGGCGUAAAUGAAUAGCAAGCUGGCGCCACAUAUAUUUGUCGAUAUGUUGUUGGACAAUUAUUGUAAAAUUACUACGAACGAUACAUUCAUCUUGGUGAAGACAUCUAUAUGUAACUUUGUAUGAUCCAUUUUGUUUUUCCAAGGGACAGGUGAUGUUUACUACCAUAUUUUGUACAUGAGUCACAUCCGCUCAUAAUUUAACAUCAUCUAAACUGUCUGCACCAAUUAGAGUUUAUGUGCGUACAGGUAAACAAAAGGUUUUCAAAAUUCUGAUUUUAAUUUUUAUUCUGAUUCGUUGCAAUAACAAUCUUUAUUUACUAUAUAGAAGCCCGAUUUAAAAGUAAAUUGUAUAUUUAAUAUUGAUUACCACCAACCACCAUGGUUACCACCAUCUAAUUAUUAAAAACCGAAAAGUAGUUUCAUGAUUAGUAUUUUUUUUGUUUCUUAAUUGGUACGGAAAAUUUGAUUAGAAUAGAUCUACACGUCGAUUCACGAAAGCUGACACUAAUGGAAUUAAUGAGUGAAUGAAAAUAUACAUUUAUUAUGUGUGUAUCACAUUAACCAUUAAUAUGGUGACGCUGACUGUUUACUGAUACAGGGAGCCGAUUUUUGAAUUUCGAUCGCUCUAUUUCGACUAGGUAUUUAAAUUCUAAUAUAAUUGAAAAGGAGUGGUCAAUACCACUAGAUAUUCCCAAUUUCUAUCGCUUGUUUUUCAAAAAUAGCAUUUCGCCGUUUUCCACAGAUUUUCGAGUGAUGAAAUCGAGCGCUCGAAAUUCGAAAAGCGCCACCCCCAGGUGUCACUCAUAUAAUGUAAGUUUCGUACAUAACGUUCGUGCCAAGGGGCCUACCGCGAAAACUGAAAUUCGCGAACUGAAAAUCUUUCUUUUUUACUCUCACUAAGACGUAAUUAGAGUCACAGAGGAAAAUGCCCGCAAUUGACGAACUUCGAUUUUCGCGGUUAUAGCCCAGCUUUCGUGAAUCGACCUGUAGAAUUUAUCUUAAAGGGAUGUUAAUUGUCAUAUUAUUUAUUGUAUCGGGUUUUUGGGAGCGAAGACUCGGUCGCGAGUAAAAUAAUUAUGGCCUCCAACUUCUCGGGAUCUCGGGGAUUCGGCUAUUUUUGGUCUAUUCUCAUAUCAUGACUACUAGGCAAAGGUUUUGGGUGUAGAAUUUCGUGUUUAUAAAGUUGAGUAUGACAUUAACGCAUUCAAGUUCUCUUAAAAAUGUUAUAGUAAGCGAUGCGGUUUUUUUAUGCUAGUCAGCCAGCCAAUUUUUUAUUGUGGUGCGUGGAACUUACUUAUGUGUUACAUUGCACUCACGGGGAAAGAGACCUAUGCUCACCACUGGGCGAUAAAAGGCUGAUGUGAUAAUGAAUAUGAAAACCGCCAGGGACCUCAUACUAUUGUCACUGUGAGAAGGUACGAAAUGGUACUGAAAUUAAAUGGCUUUGAAAGUGUUAAUGUUAACUCUUUUUUUGACAUGGAAUGUCGAAUCUAGCCUUGCACAAAUAAGUAAAAUAAUAACAGAGACUGAUCAUCAUUGAAGUUUCGUCGUAACCAAAAAGUUUAGCUCCCUAUUGUAAAAGCAUUAUGGUAUAUUUUCGAAUGGCCGGGUAAUCGUUGUACUUGGGUGAAUUAGUUUUAGAGACGUCGGUAGAUAAAGCAGGAUUUUUUGAAAACAGAAUCUAAUUAGAUUCGAGACGUGUUGCUUGGACGUUACUUUCUGAUAGUUAUUUAGUUUCUCUGGGUACGUAAGGCUGCAAAGCGUUUCAGCCUGCCACUCGUUUAUGCGCAGUUCCCUUUGAAUCACUUAAACGCCAAGCUCCCGGGCGCAAGGAAGCUAAUGUAAACCUUACUCGAAAGUGGGAAGGUUACUUUUACAGCGUCCGCCAUAACACCUAUAGGGCACGACUAGUAACGACGACUUUAGGUGUUCCUUGCGUUCAAAAGGUAAAUGAAAAAAAAAAAAGACUCAAGCUCAUAGAAGGAUGUGCGACAUAUAUUCCUAGAAAUUUCUCACAUUUUAUAACAUUAUCAAUGCGGUUGAAACGCUAUGUGGUAGUUGAAAUUGUUAGAAAUUAUGUAAUUUACAAAAAAAAAUUACGGACAGUAUAGUCAAUAUUUUGUUGAACACGUCUUAAAUUAUUUUAACUACACUCCUUUAUCUGCAGGCAUCGAUAUAUAGAUCGUGUCAUUCACGAGGGCGCGUGCCUUGGUUUGUAUUGUCAUGUCAUUAAAGGUUAGAUUUGUCAAAUUCGCGCGUCAUCGUGGGUGACACGAUCUUAACUAGCAAACUGGUUCAUAGCAUAGCAUCAUCUAGCAAACUAAUGUAAAUAUACACGUACCUACUAGAUAUAUACUUUUUGUAUUAAUUUAGGUGUAAGAUUCAUUUAAAUUUCAUAAUUAUGUACCCAUUUGGACACGCAUUAAUUUCUCAUUGCUACAUUAUAGCGUGUUUGCACUUGUACAUCUACAUUCACGGAAUUUGAAUGUUUGUCACUUUUGAACCUUAAUGCCAUUACAUAUACAUAAUUGAAAAUUGUCAAACCUUCAAAUUCCGUGUACAUACCAAAUUAAUAAAAACAUACGGGAUAUCUACCUAUGUAUUUGCCACAAUCACGGUACGAGAACGGGAACACGGCGAGUAAAGUCCAGUGUCCUGCGCUAUACCUUUUAUUGUUAUUUACUUUUUAAGAUCAUUCAUUAUUCAAAUAAAAUAUUGAGACUUCGUUGUAAAUUUA